AAAAAAUUAAAAAAAAAAAAAAAAAAAAAAAUGAGUGAAGUACAGUUCUUGAAGAUCCAGACUUGUGCCCUAAAAGUAAACAUUCACUGUGAAGGCUGUAAGCAAAAAGUGAAGAAAAUCUUGCAAAAGAUUGAUGGCGUGUACAUCACAAAAUUCGAAGCUGAGGUGGGCAAGGUCACCGUCUCCGGCGAAGUGGAGCCGGAGACGUUGAUCAGAACGCUGAACAAGAACGGCAAGCAUGCUGAGCUAAUUGGUGACCCCAAGGAAAAUAAUGGCGUGCGGGUUGAGGACGGCAAAUGUGCAAUCCUUACUUGUACUUUGCUGGCGGGGUUGAACUCUAGAAAUGUAGUCUUAAUCCCUAAAAAGAAGAACCCUGAACGGGUUACGGAUUUGAGGCCGAUAGCGUUGUGCAACGUUGCAUACAAAAAGGAUGAUGCACCGUCUCAAUAA